AUGUUGGUCGAAGUUUUCAAAGGUCCUUCCGGUGGUAGUGGAAAAACUGUGAUCAAGGAAUUCACGUUCGAUUGCCGUUCCUUUAUUUAUAAUUGCCGAAACAAGACCGAUUUAUUGAGUGACAAAAGAUCUUGUGCCAAUAACGUUCCACUUUCACCACAAGUUGAUGAAUACAUGGAGCUUGAGUACCCAAAUACAAAAUGUUCAGGAGUUCUUUCCUCAGUGAGAAUAUAUUCAUUGGAUACUUGUAUUCCAAGUGAGGAUGGCUCCUCUUACAUGUAUAAGGGUUGUAAAUCGAAGGUGAUUUAUUCAGAUCCCAACUGUCAACAUGAAGUUGAUAUUGAACCUAUUCAAUGGAUCGGUUGUUAUAGAGGAUGGUCUACUCUAUGUAAUCAUACUAUUCCAGGAAAUUCUACUCAAACUAAUCAUUCUUCUCCAUUAAUGUUGACGAGCUGUGUUAACAGCGGUGGUUGUUCAGUUGAUGAUGAAGAUGAUCUUAAAGUCGUAAAUAAUUUAAUCGCUGACAUCAUAAGAUUGAAGUUCAAUUUCCAAUAA